AUGCAAAUUUUGGUGAUAGCUCUCGCCUUACCUGGUCUCGUUUUAUCCUUCCCACCUCGUCAUUCUGACCCAUUCAAUCCUCUUGGAUCUUGGCACAGAAGAACUAAGCCAUGUGGUAUUCCAAAGUUUAUCAAUGAUGUUCCAACUGAGGCAGCUGAAAAAAUCACAAAAAUCUGGGAAAAUUACACCGAAGGAAACACCUGCGAGAAGGAGCACGAAGAGACCAGAGCCGUCAUCCGUGGAUUGACCACUGAGGAGCGCGACAAAGUCUUCGCUGGAAGAUGUGGUCCAUCCUUCUUGAAAAACGUUUCCUCCGCCGUCAGAGAAGAGUUCAAAAACGUUUGGUUUGACUACAAGCUCAGUGUCGAAGAGAAGGAGAUUGCUCUUAAGAAAUUGGCUUACUCACUUCUGACUGGAGAAUCUCUCGCUCUCUUCAACAAAUGGGAAGAAGAACUCAAGACCAGAAAGGUCGAGGUCGCCAGAAGACUCCAAGAGCUUACCCCUGAAGCUAGAAAAGCUUUUGAGCAAUGGAAGGAGCUCCGUCUUAAUGAAAAGAAAUUCCUCGCUGGACUCUCCAAACAAAUCCGUGACGAGCUUAAGAAGAUGUUCAUCACUGCCAAGGACAAGGAGGUGUCAACCACCACCACAACAACCACCACAACCACCACAACAACAACUACUGAAGCCCCUACCACCACUGAAGCCGCUUCUUCUACUACCGAACAAGUCACAACAACCACCACCGCUGCUGCCAUCGCUGAGGAGACUAAGGAAAAGGAGUUCUCCGCUUUCCUCUACUCCCAAACACCAGAAGAGCUUAACAACGAGGACCAGUGCUCUUUCUUUGCUUAA